UUCAUCUUCAGCUCCACGAGCCAGACACCCUGGUUUUGACCAAGCCUUGAAUCCAUCUGCUGGUUGCUGAACAGAGAUCCCAUGGCUCUUUUACGCAAGUACAUCUGGGUGUUGGUGAUACUGGGGAUGAUUUUUGUCUCACUGGUGAUCAGCCUCAUCUUCAUCCUCAUCAACCGCUGUAUUUUCAAAAAAGGCAAACGGCAAGUUUUAAACCUUCAGGGGAGAUCUGACGUCAAAGUCGAGAGCAACAAAUACCAGAUGAGGCAAGUUGACUCAGGCACACCUCCUCUUCCUCCCCGAACGCAGUUUCUCACAGCAGGCGCCCAAAGCUAUGAGAACCUGGCUGAAGAGCUGGACUGCGAGGACCAGAGCGAGCACGACUACGAGGAGACCCUGGACCAGAAGCUCGACGCCGUGAAGGUGGAGGAAAACAGGAUCCUCGGUUCCGCUCCGCUCUGCAAUCACCCGAACAGAAACUCAGAGGCUUCGGUCGGCCUGAGCUACGAGAAUCUGGCAGAAGAGCACGACUACGAGGAGAGCAUGGAUCCACAGCUGGACUACGUGGAGGUGGAGGACGAAGCCGAGCGUUUUCCUCCUCCGGCUCCUCUCUGCAACUCCGACCCAAACAUGAAAUGCAACAUUUCUUUGGCUCAGAGCUACGAAAACCUCGCCGACGAGAACGAUUACGAGGAGAGCACGGACCAGCAGUGGGACUAUGUGAAGGUGGAGGACGACGAGGCGCUGGUGUCUCAUCACAAGGCCAGGGACAACCACUCCACCGCCUCCACGGAGGACUACGAUGACAUCGGAGGCGACGAUGACGAAGACUAUGAUGAUGUGGUAUGAGGUCACGAGAGGAAGAGAGA